AUGCCCAAGGUGAAGGCCAUGCUCGAGGCGGGGGCACCGGACGGGGCCGCGAUCGGCGAGGCGGCCGAGGCAGAGGUGGCCGAGGCAGAGCUGCAUGGGCCGCCGCGCAGCCGCCUUCGCCUUCCCGAGGCGUUCGCGAGGGUGCUGCAGAUCGACCGACUACCGCGGGUGAGGCUUCACAGGAAGGGGUGUUGCCACAGCGACAUGUGGGUGAACACAAGGUUUCUCGCCCCUCAUGUGAUGCUCCUUCGUUGGGGCUGGAAAACCUUCGCACGUGCCCAUUGCUUGAUGGAUGGGCACGUACUCUGCUUCAAGCUAGCGGAGAGCGACCUGCUCUCGACCAAGGUCUUCGGGCGCUCGGGACACAAGCGAGGGUGCUGUGCAGAGAGCUCGACCGAUGACGAAAGCUCCUCCUUGGGCGACAGCGAAGAGGAGGACAUCGACGGCGACGAUGAGGGUAGCGGGCGGGAGGAUGACGGGUCCGACUAG